UGGAUGAUCCGUCUGUCUUGUUGCUGGAUUUGUAAAAACGGAUACAUGAGCGAGUCAGUGCAGGGCGCCGUCCGGCAUGUCUUAUUUACGGUAAGGGCGGAAUACUAGCCUGCGGUCCAGCUACACGUUUCUGAUUAAACCCCCAUCCCAGACACAAGAAAAAGAAGGACAGACAAGGGGAGCAAGGGGAUGUUGACUUAUUCCUCUGACCCACUCCCUCAGAUAGUUUGUCCAAUGGAUGAAGAUGCUAUUCCCCAAAACCGUUUUUGUAGUGCACCUCCCCACAGUGAACCUCCACCACCUCUCCUCCCCCUUUCCUCCAUCACUCCCAGCUGUGCAAAUGAUGGAAUUUCUGGACACAGAAGGAGUGGUCGCAUUCAAGGGAACAGAACGCAAACUCCUAAAAGGCACGGCAAGACAGACAGCGGAGCAGCUCAGAAACCUUCCAGACAGAAUCCAUCCCCCUCAAAAAGACAAGGGGCCGGUGGAAGCAUGGUACAAGCAUCACAGUCCACGCUGCCAAGAGUUGAAAGCACACAUGGACAUGAGAAACAAAACAAGGAUGGCCUUGAUUUUAGCCUUGCAGCAGAGUGCCAGAAUAGACAAGAAGACCAGAAAGGCCCACAGGAGGAAAUUCAUUUCUCUUCUGCAGAAAAUGUAGUUGAGCAGUUUUCUGACAAUAUCACAGAGAAUCUUGACACCACUAAAUCUGGCAUGGAUACAUGUAUGGGAUUACCUAGUGUACACUCUGCUGAAAAUGCAUCUGCCUCGAAGAGAUGGGUGAUCGGACCCAUUUUUCAGUCCUUCAAGUCAAAGAUGGCCAGUUUCACAGAGAUAGUCAUGAGUCCUGUUAAACUCUUCAGAGCUAACAGUCCUCCACCGUCCAUGGACCGUCCAGACAUACUCGAUGAUUGUGAGCAACAGACUGAUGGAACACCUGAUGUUGAACCUUCAGAGCCAAGGGAUAUGUUUCAUCCAGAAACACAAGGUGAGAAUGGGAAUGAUGAUGCCAAAACUAAUCUGCAGAGGUUCAGUGAAGUAGAAGAUGCACAAAAUUCAAAAACUGUUGCUAUUAAAUAUUCAAAAAAAUUAUCGUUUGACAUGGACUUAUCAACACAUAGCUCUGAGCAGCCAAAUGAAUGUGCAUUAACUCUGAAGGACAAAGACAUACCUGACUCUGUGCCUUCGCAACACAGUCCCUUACCCUGCACUGUUUCUGAGGAUGUUUCAGAAUCUGCUGGCUCCGUUUGCAUGUCCUUCUUACAGCUACAGCCCUCUGUCAAUGCAAGUGCCUCACACAAAUCCACCUCAAAGGUAUCCAGUGAUAACAAGGAGCAGAAAAGCAAACUGGCUGUCCGGCUCAAGCCACUGCCGAGGAAAUGUUCAGGAAGUAGAAGGAAGGUUAUGUCUAAAACUUUAACAUCUGAAGUCAAAAAGGAAGAGCCUGAGGCAGAGUUCACUGAGGAUCACGUUUCUUUCAAGACAACACUGUCAGCAUCCUCAGUCUGUUGUAAUCAGCCUGACACUGAUGGUCUGCAGCCCGAUGAUGAUGAUGAAAAGAAAAUGGACGGAUUCCACUUGGUUCGCCAAAGCCUCCACAAUGACUUCAAUGUCAGCACUAAUGGGAGGACACUGAAACCAACUUUGAGUACUCAGCAGCUUGGCUAUCACCUAAACCAUGAAACUUUUUCAGCUGUAAGUCUUGGGAAAGCAAAGAGGGAGCUGAAAGAAGACUGUCAGUCCCAGGAGUUUGUGAAAAGGAAAAGAUUGACAAGAGAUAUAGGUGCUAAAGAUGCAAAAAAACGAGAGUUAUCAAAUGUGGCUUCAGAUAGUGGUGUAUUAAGAGGGCGAAGAUCACCAAGAAAGCAAGUCAUCUCGACAUAUACCGGUGAGAAUGGGGAAGAAAGACUGAGACCUGACAGAAGAAGACAGGCUGUCUCAACAAGAGCAAAUACGAAAGGAAAAGAUGUGGUAGAAAUGCUUGGUACGAUAAAUGAAGAAGUGUUAAACACACAGACUGAAAGUUUCUCUGAUGCAAUGUUGCUUUGCUCACUUGAUAAAAGCAGCUGGGUGUCUGAAGACAACCAAAAAGGCAGCAAGUUGACAUCCAGUGUUUCAUGCAAAAGACUGAAGACAAAAACAACUCUUGGUAAACCUGAUGUAAACAUUGAUAACAGUAUGGAUCUGGAAACCACCAUUGCAAUCACCUCUACAAAACAAGCUGAGCAGGAACCAUUAUCAGAAGUCCUAGUCCGUCCUCAAAUAAAGCCGCUCCUGAGCACUAGAAAGAGCAGGGAUACAAACAAGAAACCACUAAAACGGAAAUCGCCAGUUCAAGCCGCAGAAUCAGACAGCACUGUGGUUCCUACCUCAUCAGCACUACCAGUGGAGCCGGCAGAAGUGACACCUGCAGAUUCUAAUACCUUCCAGCAUGUUGAAAAUGAAGAGAGCGGGAAAACACAGCUGGACCAGCUGUCCAAGAGACCUAGAAAGGGUUUAAGAGGUGCUGUUAAAUCAUCUGCAUCAAGUGGGAGUCGAGAGACAAAGAGACUUCAUUUGAAAACCAAAGAAAACCAGUCUCAAGAAGGCAAUGGUGAAAUCUCAGUGGACCCUGUGUAUUUUGAAAUGACACCUUUUGAAAAUAAUCACCAACCUGGCCCUUCAUCCUCCCAACUUCCUUUAGACUGUUAUGUACAGUUAAAUAUUGGCAUUGAGCAUUUCAAUGAUGAGAAAGAAAAGGGUACUGCUUCUGUUGCAGGUGAGGUGUGUCCCACUGAUGCUGAAACCAGUCACCACAGCAGCAUCCGUGUCUGUAGGCUAAGGUCUAGUGCAAGAAGGGUUAACACUAAGCCAAGAAGGGCAGGUAACCAAAGGAGAAGAUUCAUGGUUUUUCAUAGGACAAACAACGGUGAAGAGGCAACAAAGUCUGUCACUAUGGAUGAUGUAGACCUGGCCACAUCAGGCGCUAACUCUUCAGAAAAUGGCUCGUCAAGGCCCCUGUUACGCAGCUACUCUUGCCCAGAGAUCCCCUCAUUCCGUCCCCUUGACCUGCCCUGGACAACUUCUGUGCAUUCACCACAUCACAGCAGGAUUAACACCUCACACCAGCAUCAGUCACACACUCCUGUCCAUCAGUCCAGCAAAUCCCUACGUCGGACUCGUCGACAUACAGUCUGCAGUAUUGAAGUGGAGAGGGAGAUUGCCCCUCUCUGCCUUCGUAAGGAGGUAUAUCCAUCCAGAAGAUCUUUCCCGUAUGACAGCACCAGCCACAACCUGUCUCCUAGUCAUGCACUGUCUCCCAGCACUUCCCUUACAGCACUUGCCUCCUGUUUCCUUUCGAGCCCCCUUGCUUUCCUUUCUAAGAAAGCUGACAACAGAGGAGGCCCUGCCAGCCCCAGCACUUGCAGUCAUGUUUCCUCUCCCUCCUCCUCUUCUUCGACAUACCCAUUGAGCACCUCCCCAUGGCGCCUAUCAGGAUUCCUCCAGAGAACUGACUCCUCGAGUGCAACCUUUGAGUCUAGUACCAGUGGACUGCCCCUGGAGUGUGAGAUUGAGAGAAGGGGACAGAGUGAAGAGGAAGAUGAUGGCGAGAACACAAGCUCAUCCAGCCAGGAGUUUGACGAUGUAGUUCUGAGGGAGGAAAAGGCUUUGUCUGAUUCUGAAAUCAAGGUGGUCCAAAAGCAUGAGGAACGAGGGAAGGUGUCGUCUAUUAGAAUUCGGAAAACUUUACCCAAACCUCAGAACAACCUGACACCCAUGGGCCUGCCCAAACCCAUCAGGCUAAAAAAGAAGGAGUUUAGUUUGGAAGAAAUUUAUACCAAUAAGAAUUUCAGCAAACCGCCUGAAAGCCGGCUGGAGACCAUAUUUGAGGUGGCUCUAAAUCGCAAGAACGGUUCUGAGUCCUGGUUUGGCCAGAGGCGCGUCAAGCGAUUCUUGGAGUUCCUUGAAGUUGGUGAAGCCAGAAGACCAAAGAAGCCACUUGCUGGUGUUGGAAAGGCAGGUAUUUCAUCUUCCAGGACGAGACGCGGGGGCUUCCCUAAAGACGAACCGUCCCUCAGUGUACAGGAUGUGGACUCGCUUCUCUGUGCCAAGCUGGAUCAGCUGAAUUUGUGGUUGAUGGAUGAUCAGAAAGACAGUUGACAGGUUCCCUUUUUUGAUAUCCACUGUUUGGCAGCCAUUAAAAAAAAACAAAAAACAACAACACUGCAAAUGAUAAGGCUGUUUGUUGGCUGUUGACUUAGUGUUUUUCAUCAGUCCCUCAGCUCUGCUUUCAGUCUGCACAAUUAUUGUGUAAUUGUUGUGGUGACAAGUCAUUAUUGAAGAAUUAUAUUUUCAUUCUGUUGCACUUGUAGCCUGCAAGUUGAAGAACAAGACAUCACAGCACCAAAAAUGUAUUGCGUCAUAGAAGGUGGAUAUAAACAUAGUGUUUAAAUGCAUUAUAUGUUAAGUCUUCUUUCCUUUUCUUUUCUUUUUACUGUCAUUACUGCACUGAAACUUCUGCCGUCCGUUAUUCUUCCGGUCAUUUUCUGUGUGAUAAGUGAAACCGUAUAGAAGCAGAAGUUGAUAUCCUUCAUUCAAACAUCUGUGCAGUGUGACAACUCGGGGUGAUGAAGAUUUGUUUCAAUGAUGUUUCAACAAUGGCAUUGCGGACUACGUCUAAUUUCUUUUGCACUUGACAGAAAGCAUUUUUUUUUUUAAAUGUAAGUAGUGGUAAUCUUGCAGCAUCUUUGUAAGUUAUUUUAUAAAGGCAGCUAUUUUUUCAUUAAACGCUGAAUAUAACUUUUAAACAUGCCACUAUGAGAUUUUCUAUUUGCUGCAACCAGGUUCUCAAGUUUCUUUUCUUUUUGUACAGUCAAAUGUGUCUGCAAGCAGCAUGGACCGUGUGAGUCCUUUCACUCAGCUCAGGGCAGACCGUGUCCAAUUAUUCAAGUGUUUGUGUUUGUAAAUUUAUGGCUGAAGAGGGUUUUUUUUUUGUAUGAUAUAUAAAUCUGAAACAAUACAACGUACAAGAGUAUUUCUAAUCAAGAGUGGAAGUGUCCAGAUUCCACUGCUAGCUGGCUUUUUGUUACCUGUGGUUCUCUCUGGAUUGUUUUGUGGUGUCUAUAUUUGUAAAGCAACUGUAAAAUUCUUGAUAAACUGCCUAUGUAUAGUGUCUUUCCUUUGGCCAAAUUUUAUAUAUGAGGUUGCCUUAACUGUAAGAUUGUUCUGUUUUGGA